AUGUCAUCAAGCUUCUAUUGGAAAGCAGCAAGCGUCCUCGGAUUGACCGGCAUUGGCUUGGGAGCGUAUGGUGCUCAUGGACUAGCAAAGCGCGUUGGCAAUGAACCAAGCAAAAUCCAGAAUUGGACUACAGCAGCUCACUAUCAGCUUAUGCAUUCCGUUGCCCUUCUCGCAGUGGCAUCCAUUCCUUCAACUGUGCGCCGUAUCCAUCCUGCAGUGGCCCCUUUGAUGCUUUCGGGAACGCUCGCAUUUAGCGGUUCCAUUUACCUGCUGACUCUCAAUCGCGACCAAUUCCGUUUCUUGGGCCCUGUCACUCCCUUGGGUGGUUUGGCUAUGAUGGCUGGAUGGGCAGCUUUGUUGCUUUAA